CACAGGGUUUAUGAUGCUGGGUGGUCUCAUGACCCUAUUUUUAAUGUACUAUAACUCAUCUCCAUCUCCAAAAUGCCAUCCUGCCAUAGCUCAAUCAGGGCGGCUGACAAAGCAUGCCAAAUCAAAACAGCUGAAGAGCUCUGGAGUCACACAACAGUCAGACAAGCCUAUUGUGCUGCUAUGGUUCUGGCCUAAAAACAAACGGUUUGAUUUUGAAGACUGCAAGAGGCUUUUCAACAUUGACAGCUGCCACCUCACAGAUGAUAAAAAUUUGUACUCCAAAGCGCAGGGAGUUUUGAUAUUUCACAGGGCUAUCGCAGACGACCUGUCCAACCUUCCCACUUCACCCAGACCCCAAUUUCAGAGGUGGAUCUGGUUCAAUAUGGACUCACCGACCAACACACAAAAAAUACCAGGGAUUCAAGGCCUUUUCAAUUUAACUCUAAGUUACAGGAAGGAUGCUGAUAUUCAUGUGCGCUGGCAAAUGAGAGUCAAGAGGCCCACUGAUCAAUAUUUUGUGUUACCAAAGAAAGAACGGUUGCUUUGUUUGUUUGUGGAUAACAACGACCCCAUGACAGGAGCAAGGCAAAGUUACCUCAGAGAACUUGUCCAACACAUAAAGGUGGACAUCUUUAACAGAUCUUCUGCUUCUUUCUCAAAGGGUGAAGACUAUUUUAUGACCAUUAGCAGCUGCAAGUUCAACCUUGCCUUUGAGAAUUCAACUGACAAAGACUACAUCACCGAAAAGCUCAAUGGACCCCUUGCUGUUGGCACUGUGCCAGUAGUUUUGGGCCCACCAAGGCAGAACUAUGAGGAUUUCAUUCCAGGUGAUUCCUUUGUGCAUGUAAACGACUUCCCUGAUGCCACAAAAUUGGCUGAGUUCCUCCUGAGGCUGGAUAAGGAUAAUGAGACCUACAUGCACUACUUUGAUUGGCGGCAGGGCUUUUCUGUUAGGCGUCACCUCACUGAGGAGAAACAUGAGUUCACACAUGCCAUCUGCCAAGCCUGCGCCCACGUAGGGAAGGCCCAGGAGUACAGGGUUCUGCCUGAUCUUUACAAGUGGUUCUUUGGUUGAUUUAUCUUUGAGAUGACUAUAAAAAGUAAUACUGGGCAACUUUUGUAAGUGAUAAUUGUAACAUAUGGCUCAUUAUGUG